UUCAGUUUCUUGACGAAGGAAUCGGAACUUGAACGAGGUGAGGCAGAUUUGAUUUGACGCAGAAAUCUGAAACUCCAUACUUCUUGAGACUUCAGCCCCUAACAGCUAUAGAUAGUGCCCGAUCCCGGAACUCAGGUUGGCCGGUGAUCGGAGAUUCAGUGAAGUUAAUAAAAUGGGUUUAGGCUUUUUAAUUGGCGCAUUUGGAGUCCUGAUUCUCGCUCAUGCAGCUUUUUCAACCAUUCAGUAUAGAGGUUUGUUGAAGAUUUUGGAGGAGGAGUUUUCAGGACCUCCAGUGAAUGUGAUAGUAGAGCUGCUUCUAGCGUUAUCGUUCUGUAUGUGGGCUGCUUUAACUGCAGCGGGAAAGUUCCUUUCCGUACAUCAUCAUUCUGAAGAGAAUAGGAUAGUUUCUUUACCGGCCAAUAUGGACUUCUUGAUCUUCAACCAUCGAGGUAAAGUAUUUUCUCCAGGAACGGACAUGAGACUGAAACAUUGAAGUCUUCUCAAUGAUAGGAUCAUCUUUUGGAGUGCUAUUUAAGACAAGCAAUCAUCUCUCUGUCAAAUUUGAGCUUGGAAAGAGCAAAAAUUGGAGGAUUUGGCAACUCAGUGGUGCUAAUUCCUAGUAUCUUAAGACAACACUUAAUUUUGUACCGUGUAUCUUAUAUUUUUUCAUAAUUUCCAUCAGUUGGUCUUGUAAUGUGAAGAUUUAGGAAUGCUAUCACAUGUUUUGUGAUAAUCACAAUGGGAUUUUAAUGUGGA